UCCCGGUAUUUUGAAGGUCGUCAUUGAUCGGCAAACUUCGAGGCUGUGGGAGGCGCGCGGCGCGUUACUCGGCGGUCUGUGCGCGCAGCCUCGGCCGGAGAGUUGCACGUAAGGUACCUUCACAUGCAUGUCCCUGGCAGCUUACAUGCGUCUUCUUGCGCCUCGGCAGUUUUGCCAAAUGGCUUUCGAUGGACUCGCAGUGACGACAGAACCGGAUGAAAGUACGGUAAAACCGGGAGCCGGGUCGGCAUGGACUCACAAGCCCCUGACGCCCGCCCAGCUCCUCAUCAACGACAUUCGAAUCCAGACGUUGAGGAGAUCGGGCGGGCCGCGUCUCGAAGUCACGCCGCAGGCACCGUGGAGUCUCGUACCCGACGAUGAGGCUGAAGACUCCGCUUCGUGGCGCAGAAAGGCGUCAGACGCGGCGAAGAACCCGAUUCAGAGACAGCAGUUCUUGACGUUCGAAGCGGAAUAUGGCUGGAUGAGAAGACUCCGACUCAACCACACCGACUCCGCAGAAGACGGCCAGCCUCUGUCGACCAAGUGCCGCUGGAUCCAUUGCUCCUCGAAAUUCGAGGACUAUUUGGAGGGUUUCCUGUGGGCGCUUUCGGAAGACUACACCACCCGAGCGGAGUUGAUGCCGAGUUUGAAAAGCACAAUCGAGCAGCACGCCCGGUAUUCCAAGCAUGGGAAGUGCUUCACGCCAUUCUCGGCUUUCCUAGGGCCUUCUGGUGAUGCCUCCUACCCACUGCUUAUGAGCGUGCCUUUUCUCGAUUGGUCUGUUCAAGGCCCAACACCGCCUUUACGAUUCCAGAUUGAUAAAAGGGAGGGUUUCCAGAGUGCGAAGUCAUCCGCGCACUUACUUCGAUCUGUACUACAGCACUUCUAUCGUCUGGAAGACACGCAUGAUCGCGAAAGAGACCAAGUCUUCAACAAACACAAGCCAUGGGGCACAGAUCGGGGGCUCGACCUGAAACUCCGCCAAUGGUACGGCCACUACCCGACCGCUCUCAACGUAGACGAGAUGUGGAUGCUCGUCGUCGACUCACAGCACAUCGUCACCUUCUCGAGCAACCAGACAUGGAAAUCUCAGUCGCCAUCACACCAGCUCCCCUCAAGGAUAUCCGACAUUUCGUUCCGUGGGAUCAGAAAUGCCUUCUUCGCCUCCGAGGAUGGUGGAGACUUCACAGCCAUGACACAAGCGAUUGCGAGUCUCAAUGGUGCGGUGGGGAUGAUGCAUCGUAGCUUCUGGCCUGACUUUCUUCUUCCCCUUACCGAUCGGUACGCUGGCUACCUGAGCCACCUCCAGUAUCGUCUGCAUCGAGCACCAAGUACUAGAUUGGUGCUGGACUUGGUUGCUUGCCUAGAAGAACUCGGGAUCGUCAUCUCAAUCACCGAGCAGCAGAUUGAGACGAUCAACGAGCUUUUGGCGAAGAUCCGCAAGUAUGAAGAAGAUCAUAUCGAGGCGGACCUCACAGCUACAGCUGAGCACGAUGUUCCAAGGCUAUCGAGCGUCUUGGCUCCAACAAUGGAAGUCCUCGACAAGCUUCAACGAGAGCUGAUCGAUCUUCGAGACUUGCGGGACAACACCGACCGGCUGGUGACGCGCACCAUCCAGCUCGUCAACAUCCGACUCGAAGACCAUGGCAAGGCGAUCCUCGUCUUCACAGUAGUGACCCUCAUCUUCCUACCGCUUAAUUUCCUUUCCUCGUAUUUCGGGAUGAACUUCAGGGAUAUACGUGAUACGGACCAGACGCAGUGGCUGUUCUGGCCCGUGGCUUUGUGUGUUACGGCUGGUGUUGCGGGCGGAUCGGUCUUUCUCGCUUUCUCGGGGAGACAGUGGUGGGAGAGAUUCGUGAUGUGGCGGGAUAGGAGGAAAGAGAUGUACUUGAGCCUCGCGACUGCUUCUCAACAGCGUAUGAGACAGUCCUGACAAGAAUUGCGGUAGAAGAUGAAUUGUUAAACCCGGCGGCACAAGACAUCCCCGGAGUGGAUCCGUGGAGCAUCGGGAGAGACCGGCGCGCCCCAGGGCCCACGUGUGGGAAUAGCAUCAGUGCACCUCCCGAGGACCGGCUGCAGUACGGGGAGGGAAUAGUGCCGAGUAGAUGAAGAAGAAGCAGGCGUUCGGACCGAGUCUCGACGCAAGGCUGAGGUGCAAUCGGAGCUUAAUAAUAAUGCAGGGAAGAGAGGUGAGGUGGUGUGUUCCACCGCGGAGGUACGUACCCGCGGCAAGAACGAGCCAGCGCCGCGGUGGCAAACGGGAGGCAAUGGAAUGGAUGGAAUGCUUAUAUCCGCCGCUCGGCUAUGUGCAACGCGGCAAUGCGGCUCCCCCA